AAUCUCUGUCUUUUUCUUUUUUUCUUUUUUCUUUUUUCUUUUUUGUUUAAUAAACCCUUUUCAAUAAUUUAUAUAUCCCCAAAUUUGAAUUCCCCAAAUGCCACUUUCAAUUUCACUAAUUACGCCAUGAAUACUCUCACUGACCUUCACUCUCUGCCGUUCUUCAAUCCCGCCGUCCACCACCCAUCUUCCCCGCCGCCGAUUUCCACCGGCUACUUGGAAGAUGCCUUGCUGGAAUUCACUUCCAAACGACCUCGUUUCGAUCACCAUCAUCUUCUUCAAUUGGAGUUCCCUCACAGCUACUGGAGUUCCUGUUGCACGUGGGAAGGAGAUGCCUUCAAUUCCACCAACCAUAUCGACCAUAUCAAUGAUAAUUAUGAUUAUUAUUAUUAUGAUACGGUUUCUCCAGAUGAAAUGUUCGCUGCAUCGCCAAAAAGCAGAAUUAGCGACGAAACCAACACAGAUCUAUCCAUGGGAGAUAUGAAAACGCCAGAAAUUGAAGCGUUUUCCACUCCAAAUCAUUUCUAUUAUGAACAUCAAGCCGAUGCUGAGUUUUUGCCUUGCAAGCAGCCAAUUUCAACAGAUGGUGGCAGUGUAACGAAGAGGGCAAAAAAGAGGAAAGUGGUGUAUCCAUUUGAGUUGGUGAAGCCGGGAGGUAUCGACGGGGAUAUAACCUUAAACGACAUAAACGAAAACAUGUUGAUGCCGCCGACACGGCCAGUCCGACACCCAGUUGGGGAUUUCGCGUGUCGGCCGUGCGUGUCGGCGGAGGGACCGGGGCUGUCUGGGAAAGCCGUGGUGGCGCUGACCAAAAUCCAUACUCGAGGAAGGAGAGGGAGCAUCACUAUUAUUAGAACCAGAGGGUAAAACCCCAAAUAUUGUACAGAGAGGAGAGAGAAAGAGGGAGAGGAGAGAGAAAAUGUGUAUUGUAAUAUAAUAUAAUGAUUGAGUGAAGGAAUGAAGGAAGGAGGUAAUGAGUUUUAGGCUGCCUUGUAAUUGAGUUUUAAUGAAUGUUUUGGGUGUUUGGUCAUUUACUCAAACAUCCGCACAGAAA